AUGGGAAUCAGGUUUGUAACUCUCAUGGGGGGGCAGAUAUGGAUAGAAAGCGAAGGCCUUGACAAAGGUACAGUGGCUACUUUCAUUGUCAAACUUGGACUCUGCAACAAUCCAGAUGAUCCAUCUGUGCACCAUGCUGCAUCUAGAGGGCGAGCAAAUGAGGGAAGUGGAGAUAUCAUUGGACAUAAGCCUCUGUUCAGAGAAUUGAUGUGGUUGCUUCUUCCAAUCCACGUUAUGAAAGAAGUCUUUAGAUACCUAUCGAAGCAGAUAGGGGUGUGGGACUGGUUGACUGCUGGAGUUAGUGAAAGGGAUCAGUUUGGGAAUUUUGCAUACCAUCGGAAAAACAAGGAACAUCCUCGUUUAAUGGCACUAAACUUGCGGGCUCGUGUCACCGGCUAUGAUUUGAAGAACAUUGGAUUGUUAAUGAAAAGUGCCAGGAAGGUUGAAGGGAAAUGCGUAGUUUUAGUGGAAAAAAUCAAGGUCUGGUUCCGUCCGACCUCUUGA